AGAAUAUUGGUCCCGAUACAUAGUUAACCCUUUAUACACUGUGGCAUGGGAUGAUAUGUACAUUGAAGAAGCGGUUUCUUAAAUGAAAGGGUACUGCGUAAAAACAGAACAAUAAACAAAAGGCAAUUUAGAGUGUAGUCAGCCUCCAAUUAUAGUUUUGUUGACAACCAACUCAUUGUCUUUCGCCAUGAAUUCGGAGGAGAUCAGACCGAGUCUUUCUAGCAGUUCCAGUGAUGAGGACGAAGAAUUUCGGGUUGUACACUCGAAUACCCCCAACAAAUACUUGUCGUCGUCAAAUUCGUCAUCUUCAUAUAGAAGUGAACGGGAAGUUGUAAAAUCGUUAUCACAUUCGGAUUCGGACGAUCAGCUGCUGUCUUCUUCAGAAUCCUCGUCUUUGAGGUCCAGCUCAACAAUAAAAGACACAGAAAACACUCCAGAUAUAUUGAGAAAUCUUGAUCCCAAUAAUAAAGAAACGUCAUCCAAAUCGUCAACUACAUCAACCUACACAAGCGAAAUCAAAGUAAACGGGGAUCAACAGGAGGUAUUAAAAGAUACCAAAGGGAAUUCGUCAUAUUCGGGAUCAUCUCAUUCAAAGCAGUCUUAUAAUGAAGAUUCUUCCAUAACAACUGAAUCAGAGCAAGGAUUAUUGCAAAGCAUCCUGAGCGAUUCAUCGAGUGAAAAAAUCACGACAGACUUAGAGGUUGCUUCCCCAAAAGACGGCAAAUUUUCAUCGUCGACAGACGACGAAUUACUGCGAAAAUUUCGUGAACAACAAGCGAAUAGACGAUUUCGACCAAGAAGUGCGAAAUUGCGCAGAGACUUUGAACCAGAACCAGAAAACGUUGAAAGGGUUUUGUCAAAGCCCAACAAUAGAAGUGGUAGUGAUAAUACCUCAAGUUCGGACGAAGAAAACAAAAAAAGGAAACCGCAGCACAAAAGACUGCGAAAGGGAUCAUCUAGUUCUACCAGUAAAAGCAGCGUUGUCUCUGUUAAAAACGAAUCUCCAGAAGUUUUAAUCGCACGUUCAGAACAAUCCAAUUUAUACGAGUUAAAUAGAACUCAAAACGAAUCAAAACCAGAGCAGGUCACUAAAAUUCAACGAACUAUCACUUCGACUGGAAGCGAAACCCGCGAUACAUUGACUACAUCUGCAUCGAGUCCAUCAUCAGAUACAGAAUCGGCAGCUGAAGACAGGCCCCCAAGCAGGCAGGGAAAACGACCAACUUCGGCAUAUCCCAGGCAACGACAACACUCUAAACAUAAAAAAGAAGAAAAACCGAAAUCAGUUCAAAGAUUACUGACCGAAAAAUCUUCGCCAUUACCAGUACAAAAUCCAUACAUCAAGGGACCAAUAGAGCAAGGAUUUCCAUGGCCAUAUACCGAAGAUAUUAGAGGAGGAGAAAAAUCAUUACGUCGCCUGAUAGAUCAUCACAAAAAGAAGCUUAACAGUCUUCUUGCCCAAGAGUAUUUGCAAAAACACCUUGAAGUAGAACUACGAAAAGCAGGUGCGCAAUUCAGAGAAUACGAAAGAGAACCAAGACCUUUGUCACCAAAGCAAAUCAAGAAAUUUAGAGAAAAGAACGUCACUUGGGUUUAUUUAGACGGUAGACUCCAUAACUUGUCACGAGAAAUGGGCGGUUUGAAUACAACAGCACGUCGCGGAAGAGAGAGAAACAAAGUGAAUCCCAAGAAAGAUAACAAAAAACGUUCCGUUUCUUUCGAAAAGGGAGUGGGUAGAUCUUCGUCAAAAUCCGGUGAGAAGACAAGUUUAGCCGAUCUGCUACGUGGUCGAAGUGGAAAGAAAACCAAAAAUGCACGAAGACGCCGAAGUAGCUCUGCUGAUACUGGAUCCAGAAAAAGUUCACUUUCGAGUCGAAGUAGCACUAGAUCGCCCUCUAGAAGUACGAGCAGAACAUCUCGUGCCAGCAGCACAGAAAAGAAACAACCUAAAAAGUCAUCGUCGAGAAAUUCCAGUAAAGCCUCUCGUUCGCGAAGUCGUAGCUCAUCUAAAAGUUCCUCACAUAGUUCAAAAUUCCAUUCUAUAUUUAAAAAAGAUAAUUCCCGAAAAGAACGCCCCACAACUGCUAAAAAAUCACAAAGAGCACGAAGUGCUUCUUCCGCAAGUGUGUCAUCAAAUAAAAGUAGUAGUGACAAUAAAAAAUCUAAGAAGAAAAAAGAUAAAAAGUCUCGUUCAAAAUCAUCAUCCACGAGCAGUAAAGACAGAGAAAAACACUAUUUCAUGGAAGAAAAACCAAAACUGGAAAGAGUUCUCUUCACAGAAGACAUGGAAAAGAAAAUCGACAGAAAGAAGAAAAAAGAUAAGUCUGUGCGGAUCGCGAUUGCUCCUGGAUUAUACAACACAAAACAUCCUUCUUUAGUUAAUGACAACAACUCGUUUUUAGGUAGGCGUGGAGACAGGCCACAAAGCGAGAGACAUACAAAACAAUCACGAGAUGACUACAACUUCUACAAAGACCAUAAUAUACCUGGACAUGCGUUUCCCUACUACUAUCUAUCCUAUUUGCUGGCGAUGGAUGGCAGAAAAAGAAAUCGAUCUGAAGAUUAUUCGCAGACUAAUAGAGUCAUUCUUACCCACGCACCAGUCCAUCGUGCCCCAGCUUGGAGUACACCCCCCAAAAGUACGAGAAGAAUUCAUGCUCGUUUGCCAUCUGAAAGAAGGAGUCUAGGUUCGUCACCAAAGUUGACUAAAAAGAAAAAGAAAACAAAGAGUGUCAUAAAUGAUCGAAGAGAUGAAAGCAUGGGAAGAUCGUCAUCGAGGGAGAGCGCGUCGUCCUCCUUGAAUAAAACGUCCAAUUCAAGCAAUUCGUAUCCUAGAAUUCGACCAGGAUCAGGACCAAUAAAAUGUUCAUGGAAUUCUGAACCAUCAACAGAUAAACCAAAAUAUCCAGGUUCAGAUCAUCAAUUGAAGAACACGGACAACCCUGCGAUUCAGGCCUGGCUGAGACGAAAAGAUGCUCAACUUCGCGCUAGGAAGCAAAACGAACUAAGGAAACAACGUAAGAAAACAUCUCGACUCAUUGACGAGCAAAAUGAUAUUGAAGAAAAGCAUGAAAGAGCCCUUAAGCAAUACGAAGUGUGGAAGAAAGCCAAAGACAGGGAAAUUUUACUUCGGCGAAGAAAAGAAACCACGGAAGCGAAUUCAGCCGCAUUUGUCAAAAAACACGCUGAACUAAAAGUUAAGAAACGAAAAGAACGACCGAGAACCGCACCAGCCAUGGAACAAAAGCAAUCGAUCGGAUCAACAUUUUCUGAGUUACGUAGCUCAUCGGCAAGUCCAGACGUUGUGGAAAAAUCAAAACCUCGCAAACCUCGACCAAAAUCGGCCAACACAAUAACGGUGUCUUUCAGCAAUCCUGUGUUUGAAUCAAAUACCCGCCCGAGAUCAGCGACUCCGCCAAGAAAAAACGUCGAUGAGAAGCCUCCGCAUUCACAAGGAUUUUUUGAAAAAACGGGGAGCUUGUUUAAGAGCUUCCUUGGGGUGGGAGAAAGUAGCAAAUCCAAAAACAAGGAACAAAAUUCCCAAAAAGGUAUUCAAGAAGGCCAAAGAUCUGUUGUAACUGAUGACCGUGUCGCCUAUGAUAAAUGGGUUCGCUCAACGACGCCUGUGACAAAUGGUUCCUCAAAGAAAAACGGUAAAAAGUCGAAAAAAUCACGUAAAAAUAACCAGCCAAGACUACCGCCUCACAACCAUUCAGAUAAUGACUUAAUUUCGAAUUUGGCCAAAAGAAGGAUAGAGAGCAUUCUGGCAAGCCGAAAAAAAGUUGACACAGGAUUGAAGAGGCGUCCGAAAUCUGGCGCAAAUGGGCUGAGAAAUCCAAGUCCUCCAACAGGGAAUCGUACAGAUCCCACAACCAGAAAAUGGAGAUUAAGAGAUGACGACAUUAUUAGACCUCAAAUAAAAUCCAGUUCGCAAAACUCACUUGGUACUCACAGCAACGCUAGUAGUAGCAGCAGCAAUGGUGGAGACAGAAGACCGAAGUUUACAUUCUCGCCUAAAACAAAAUCAAGAUCAACAAGACAUUAUAGAAAUCCCGUGAUACGAGAAGCAAUGGAUAGACAUUAGCAUAACAAAACAAAAGGCAGUGAAAUUUUAACCAGAUGGAAAUAUUUACGGAACGUCUUGCGCUAUUGAUCACAGGAAUUUUAAGACUUUGUUACCCCUAACAACAUUACCAAUGCCGUCAUUGUCAAGAAGCAUAUGUUUUGUCAUAAACAGGAGUGUAACACAUCAUUAAAUACUUUCAAUGCGCAUACUUUUCAAAUGAAUCAGUUACAUGUUUUUUGGGGUGUUUGCACUUAAUAACGUGUAUUGUCUGCUAAAGCCUUUUUUUCAGAUUAUUCACUGUAU